AUGGCCGAGGCCGGCGAGGCGUCGCUGCACCGGCUGGCCGGAACCGGCCCCGAAGCCGAGGCGGGCGGGCUGGUCCCGCGGGCGCGCAGCGCCGCCGCCGAGCAGCACAUCUUCAAGGCGCCGGCGCCGCGGGCCUCGCUGCUGGGCCUGGACGUGCUGGCAGCCCAGAAGCGGCGCGAGCGUGAGGAGGAGGGGACGAGCGGAAAACGGUCCCGAGUGUCCUCCUACAGGGACUGGGAGGAGGGCCGCGACGAGGCGGGCAGCCCCGACGAGGAGGAGGACGAGGAGGAUGAUCGGAGACGUCGCGGCGCCCGCAAGGACAGGCAUUACCGUUCUGUCCAUGUGGAAACACCGUCCUAUACAGGUGGUGUCAGUGAGGAGUUUUGGGAACGCAGCCGGCAGCGGGAAAGGGAGCGUCGUGAACACGGUGUCUUUGCCUCCUCAAAGGAGAAGGAACGGAAGAAGGAGCACAGUAGGGAUCGAGACCACGAUCGUAAACGGGACCGUGAGGACUGGGACAAAAGUCGUCACAGCAGCAGAUCAGAAAGAGAUGGCUCAUUGGAGCGGAACAGCAGGAGGAGUGAACCAGAGAGUCCCAAGCAUCGUCCCAAAGAUGCAGCCACGCCAUCUCGCUCCAGCUGGGAGGAGGAUGAUAGCAGUUACAGCAGUUCUCGCCGCUCACAGUGGGAAUCUCCUUCACCCACACCUUCCUGUCGAGACUCAGAGCGCAGCCACCGGGCAUCGCGGGACACAGAUCGGAGAGACCGGGACAGGUCUGUAAGGAGCAGGUAUUCAGAUAAGACACCAUUGCCCACCCCAUCCUACAAAUAUAAUGAGUGGGCCGACGACCGGAAACACCUGGGGUCCACACCACGACUGUCCAGAGGUAGAGGGCGGCGUGAGGAUGGAGAGGAGGGCAUUGCCUUUGAGACGGAGGAAGAACGCCAGCAGUGGGAGGACGACCAACGGCAAGCGGACCGGGACUGGUAUAUGAUGGAUGAAGGUUAUGAUGAGUUUCACAACCCCUUGGCCUACUCCUCUGAUGAGUAUGUGAAGAAGAGGGAGCAGCACUUACACAAGCAGAAGCAGAAGCGUAUCUCUGCACAGCGGCGGCAGAUCAAUGAGGAUAACGAGCGCUGGGAGACAAACCGCAUGCUGACCAGUGGAGUGGUGCAUCGGAUUGAAGUGGACGAAGAUUUCGAAGAGGAUAACUCAGCCAAAGUGCAUCUGCUGGUGCAUAAUCUGGUGCCUCCUUUCCUAGAUGGGAGGAUAGUCUUCACAAAACAGCCAGAGCCAGUCAUCCCGGUAAAGGAUGCCACUUCUGACUUGGCCAUCAUAGCCCGAAAGGGCAGCCAAUUGGUGCGCAAGCACAGGGAGCAAAAGGAGCGUAAAAGGGCUCAGCAUAAACACUGGGAGCUGGCAGGCACAAAACUGGGAGACAUUAUGGGGAUCAAGAAGGAGGAGGAGAAGGACGAAAUGGUGACAGAAGAUGGCAAAGUGGAUUACAGGACUGAGCAGAAGUUUGCUGAACACAUGAAAGAAAAAAGUGAAGCGAGGAGCGAGUUUGCCAAGAAGAAGUCGAUUCUGGAGCAAAGACAGUAUCUGCCCAUCUUUGCUGUGCAGCAGGAACUGCUUUCCAUCCUCAGGGACAACAGCAUUGUGAUUGUGGUAGGGGAAACGGGGAGUGGUAAGACAACUCAGCUGACGCAGUACCUCCAUGAGGAUGGCUACACAGACUAUGGCAUGAUUGGCUGCACGCAGCCCCGCAGAGUGGCAGCCAUGUCAGUUGCCAAGCGGGUCAGUGAGGAGAUGGGAGUGCGCCUGGGAGAGGAGGUGGGUUAUGCCAUCCGCUUUGAAGACUGCACGUCAGAGAACACAAUAAUCAAAUACAUGACAGAUGGGAUCCUCCUUCGUGAGUCGCUACGAGAGGCUGACUUGGACAACUACAGUGCUAUCAUCAUGGAUGAGGCACAUGAGCGCUCGCUCAAUACUGAUGUGCUCUUUGGCCUGCUUCGGGAGGUGGUAGCACGACGCUCGGAUCUGAAGCUUGUUGUCACCUCUGCCACCAUGGAUGCUGAUAAAUUUGCCUCUUUUUUUGGGAAUGUUCCCAUUUUCCACAUUCCUGGGCGCACCUUUCCUGUUGAUAUUCUUUUCAGCAAGACACCUCAAGAGGAUUAUGUGGAGGCUGCGGUGAAACAAGCUCUGCAGGUCCAUUUGUCUGGUGCACCUGGAGACAUCCUUGUCUUCAUGCCUGGUCAGGAGGAUAUUGAGGUGACUUCAGAACAAAUUGUGGAGCACCUUGAGGAGCUGGAGAAGGCACCUGCACUUGCUGUACUGCCCAUCUAUUCUCAGCUGCCAUCGGACUUACAAGCCAAGAUAUUCCAGAAGGCUCCAGAUGGGGUCAGGAAGUGCAUUGUUGCCACUAACAUUGCAGAGACCUCACUGACAGUGGAUGGUAUCAUGUUUGUUAUUGACUCUGGAUACUGCAAGCUGAAGGUUUUCAAUCCCCGUAUAGGCAUGGAUGCACUGCAGAUCUACCCCAUCAGUCAAGCCAAUGCCAAUCAGAGAGCUGGCCGAGCUGGCCGAACAGGCCCAGGUCACUGCUUCAGGCUCUACACCCAGAGCGCCUACAAGAAUGAGCUGCUGACAACCACGGUGCCUGAGAUCCAGCGCACCAACCUUGCCAAUGUAGUGCUUCUGCUCAAAUCUCUGGGGGUACAAGACCUGCUGCAGUUCCACUUCAUGGAUCCGCCCCCUGAGGACAACAUGCUCAACUCCAUGUACCAGUUGUGGAUUCUGGGAGCCCUGGAUAACACAGGUGGUCUGACCUCUACAGGACGUCUGAUGGUGGAGUUCCCACUGGAUCCUGCACUCUCCAAAAUGCUCAUUGUUUCAUGUGACAUGGGUUGCAGCUCUGAGAUAUUGCUCAUUGUUUCCAUGUUGUCUGUGCCUGCCAUCUUUUAUCGGCCUAAGGGCCGAGAGGAAGAGAGCGACCAAGUGCGGGAGAAAUUUGCUGUCCCAGAGAGUGAUCACUUAACUUACCUGAACGUUUACCUGCAGUGGAAGAACAACAACUACUCUACUCUGUGGUGCAACCAGCACUUCAUUCAUGCCAAGGCCAUGCGGAAAGUGCGGGAGGUGCGUGCCCAGCUCAAGGACAUUAUGGUGCAGCAGCGCAUGAGCCUUGCAUCCUGUGGUACUGACUGGGAUGUUGUCAGGAAGUGUAUCUGUGCUGCGUAUUUCCAUCAAGCUGCAAAGCUGAAAGGCAUUGGGGAGUACGUCAAUAUCCGUACAGGCAUGCCUUGCCACCUGCACCCCACCAGCUCCCUCUUUGGAAUGGGCUACACGCCAGACUACAUUGUAUAUCAUGAGCUGGUCAUGACCACCAAGGAAUACAUGCAGUGUGUCACUGCUGUGGAUGGAGAGUGGCUGGCAGAGUUGGGCCCCAUGUUCUACAGUAUCAAACAUGCUGGCAAGUCACGUCAGGAAAACCGCCGACGUGCAAAGGAGGAAGCAUCUGCCAUGGAGGAGGAGAUGGCUCUGGCUGAGGAGCAGCUGCGUGCCCGCCGGGAGGAGCAGGAGCGCCGUAACCCAUUAGGCAGCGCAAGAUGUACUAAAAUCUAUACGCCUGGACGGAAGGAGCAGGGGGAGCCCCUGACGCCACGACGCACCCCGGCCCGCUUUGGCCUCUGAGAAGGGAGUGCUCAUUGCUUCGAGGCAUGAAGACUUCCCAGGAGCUGCUGAGUUUUAGGGCUCAGUCCCCUCAGUUCUGAGUGCUGUGAGGCUCUCUACAGCCCGUGGCCCAAGAAGGCUUUGAUGCUGUGUAUUAUUUUUGCUACAGAAGAGAAAUAAUUUUAUUUGUUUAAAGGUU